AUGGACGAAAGAACCAGAAUAGGCAUAAUAGGAGACGAAGAAACACUCACAGGGUUUUUGAUAGCAGGAGUAGAGAACGUUCACGACAAUCCAAAUCUUGUUCAAGUAACACCGGACAUGGCUGAAGAUGACCUAAAAAGGAUUUUUUAUUCACUAACAGCCAGAAAAGACCUGGCCAUGAUCCUUGUUUGCGACUUUGCUGCAGAAAGACUGAGUGAAGAGAUAGAUGCGUAUGAUGAGGUGGUUCCUGCUGUGUUAGUUAUUGCAUCGAAAAAUAAAUAUGCCUAG